UGCUGCAAGAAGGUGACCUAGGACGUAAGGCGGAAAAAAUUGUAUUAAUAAAGAAAAUAAUCUUUAUAUCUAUCGACAUUCAUAUUACUAAAGGAUGUUGGAUGCUGUUAGUGCAGUUGUGAAGAAUCAACUGUGGAUGGACAAAGUGAAUGUGCCUUCUAUAUGGAAUAUUUGAGUAGUUGAAAAACAUCCUUCGAUUUACUGUCAGCUUUGUGGAACCAUUCGAUGCGCGCAUGUUCUGAGAGAACGCAUAAUAAAAACUUGGAUUUUGGCAUCUAUCGAAUUUGUUAAUACUGUGUUAGUUAUUCCAUGAAAAAUGAGUCUUAAAACCGACAGUAGCUUAACAAAUGACGCUAACUUUAAAACAGAGUUACGAGAAAGUGAUGCCAAAAAAUAUGAUCCUAUUAAUGGAUUCGUUAGUAGUCUCAGCGAAAGCUGUACACAACAGUUGGUGAGACCAUCAGAAACCAUAGAAGAAACAGACCAUAAUAAUGAGAGUGGUGAUGACGUCAUAGCCAGCAAGCAAAUCAAAUCGGUUGUAGUAAAUUUUACUUCUGGCACUAUGACACAAAGCACAAUACAAAAUCAGUAUGGCGGAAACAUUUCAACUCAUGUUCAAACGUGGGAUGGACGAACCAGUUGUAGCAAAAUUAAAAUAAUAUUGCUACUCUUCAUAAUACUAACUAUUGGAUUAGCAGUCGGUUACUUGUUUUCUGGUCUAGUUAAUUGCAAGAUUGAUCAUUCAAACAUCAAGCCAAGCACAAUACACAAUAUUUGUUUAUCUGAGGAAUGCGUAAGAACAGCAUCAUCUCUGUUGGCCGCUAUGGACCGUACGGUGGAUCCAUGCACCGAUUUCUUCCAGUUUGCAUGUGGAACUUGGAAUAAAAAACACGUAAUCCCGGAAGAUAGAAGUUCUAUAAGUACUUUCGAGGUUCUUGCUGAUCAGCAACAAGUGAUACUGAAAGGCGUCUUAGAAGAAUCGAUUGAUAUAAACGAUAACCAGGCAACAAUAAAAGCUAAAAUGUUCUUUAAAAGCUGCAUGGAUCUACAGCAAAUUCGGAAAAUAGGAAUAAAACCGCUGCGACAAGUACUUAAACUCCUGGGAGGAUGGCCGGUAAUCGAACCAAAAUGGACACCCCCGAACACUAGUAUUGAACAACUUAUAGGAACUCUAAGAGGAGUAUACAGUGAACCUGUUUUAGUUGAGCUUUAUGUCGGCGCUGACGAUAAGAACUCUUCUAGAAAUAUUCUACAAAUUGACCAACUUGUAUUGGCACUUCCAUCACGAGAUUAUUAUUUGAAACAGAGUAGUGAGGGAGAUCUUAAGGCUUAUCAUCACUAUAUGACUCAAAUAGCAAUUCUUCUCGGUGGCGACCCUGCGAUUGCGUCUAGGGAACUAAUGGAGGUGAUAAAUUUUGAAGUCCGUCUAGCUAAUGCUUCGCUUCCAGAAGCCGAUAGACAUGAUACCAGCGCAAUUUACACUAAAAUUACAUUGCAACAACUACAGCAUCAAGUUCCACAAAUAAAUUGGAAAGCAUAUUUACAAACCACACUGGGUAGCGUAAAGCUUGAGGAUAAUGAGGCUAUUGUUAGCUACGCAAUGCCAUAUUUGAUAGAAAUGGGUCGUAUUUUAAAUGUGACGGAUAAACGAAUUAUUCACAAUUAUGCCAUUUGGCGAUUCGUUAUGUCCAUCAUGACGCAUAUGAUUGAUGAUUAUCAAAAAGAGAGAGUUGAAUUUAGAAAAAUUUUACUGGGCAUUCAAUCCGAACGUCACAGGUGGUCUCAAUGCGUUGAGUGGACAAACAAAAAACUUGGCAUGGCCGUCGGUGCUUUAUUUAUACGUGAUAACUUCAAUCAGGAAAGUAAAGAAACUGCCUUGGAGAUGAUACAUACCAUAAGAGAGGCUUUUAAUGAACUUCUAGCGGAUAUUCAUUGGAUGGAUGAUGAAACAAGAGCUGUGGCCAAGGAGAAAGCAGAUGCCAUGAAUGAACGAAUUGGCUAUCCUGAAAUAUUGACGAAUCCUGAAGAAUUGGAGAAGGAGUACAUAAAACACUCGCUAUCCUCCGGCAUGGUGAUACUGAUAGGGAUCAUUCCAGCGACAACACAUACUGCUUGCGGCGAGAUGGUUCUGUACGCGCUCACGACUCACAUGGCCAUGAGCCUGAACGUACUGUUCAGCUUCACUUGA